CCUUUAUUCAGCCAAUCAUGCAUUCAGCCAUCGGACUACUUCUGGUCAUCGCAUCGGCUUCGCAAGCUCAAGUCUUAUCUCUAAACUGUGCUACUCCACCAUGUCCAGAGCCCAUGCCAGUGUGUGCUACUCCUCCGUGUCCACCUCAAUAUGCUCCACUUCCACCCCCACCAAUGCCUGCACCAGCUCCAGCUUACAACCCAUACCCAUGCGCCAAUCCUCCAUGCAUUGUUGUUGAGCCGAUGCCAGUUGCUCCACCAGCACCAGCUCCAGCAUACAAUCCAUAUCCAUGUGCUACUCCACCAUGCCCACUUCCAUACAUUCCUGAGCCAGUUGCUCCAGUCCCAGCUCCAGCUCCAGUUUACGAGCCAUAUGCAUGCGCUGCCCCACCAUGCCCACCACCGACUCCAGUCUAUGAGCCAUAUGCCUGUGCCGCUCCACCAUGCCCAGCUCCAGUUGCCCCUCAACCAGUGAUCCAACAUGUUCCAGUACCAGUCCCAGUUCAAGUUCCAGUCCCAAUCCGUGUUCCAGUCCCAGUUCCAGUCCCAACUCCAGUCUACCAACCAACAUACUGCGCUGUCCCACCAUGCCCAGCUCCAGCUGCCACUCCAGUCUACGCUCAACCAGCUCCAAGACCAAUGCCAGUCUAUGCUCCAGCUCCAGCCUGUGCUCAACCACCAUGCCCAGCUUACAACCCAUACGGAUACCAAGGAACUCCAGGAUAUGCUCCAGCUUACAACCCAUACUCAUAUGUGCUUAGAUCUCCAGUCGCUGCUGCUCCAGGAUAUGCUCAAGGAUACGCUCCAGCAUACGCUCAGGGAUACGCUCCAGCAUAUGCUCCAUCUUAUGCUCCAGCUUAUGCCCCAUCUCCAUUCAGAAGAGCCAUGUACCUUUUGGGAUCCAACAAGGGAAAGAAGGCCGCCGCCGCCGCCGCAGCUGCCACUGAAGAGAAGAAGAAGACUGCUUAAGGAUUUUUAGUGUCUCAAUAUCUGUACAUUUGCCAUAUUGCUAGUUAAUUGUAAUUUUAAGUAUUUGUUAAUUCAUUGAAAUAAACAAUUUCCUAAAUU